CUCACCCACUACCUUCAGCCUCUGCAAGCUUGCGUCUUAGCGCUAGGCGCAGCAGCAGACUCCAAUUUGCCAAUCUCAGAUAACUUGGACUUCAGGGGCCCACCCGCUGCCAACCUCGAUGGCGUCAGACGUCGCAGUUGCCAUGGCCGGUCCAGAUGCCUUCUCAGAGAAGAAGUUGGACGAUACAAAGAACGAUGUCGAACCCUUCGGCACCGGUUUCCAACCAGCCACCCCCAGCUAUACCCCGGCCGACGAGCUGGAGAUCACCUCCGAGGAUAUCAACUACCACACCCUCACCUGGUGGCAAGCCGGCGUCGUCCUGAUCGCUGAGACGGUGUCGCUGGGUAUCCUAUCGCUCCCUGCCGUCGUGGCGAACCUCGGACUUGCUCCCGGGAUCGUGAUCAUGGUUUUGAUGGGCGUCUUGGCGACUUACUCUGGCCUCGUCAUGGGCGAGUUCCGGAAACGGCACCCCUGGGUCCAGAGCUUCGGCGACGCCGGCGAGGCCAUGGGCCGGUCCAUCGGCAUGGGCAAGGUCUUCCAGGAGGUCUUCGGCUGGGCGCAGACCCUCUUCCAAAUCUUCGUCAUGGGUAGCCACCUCCUGACAUGGACCAUCUGCCUGAACACCCUGUCCAGCAGCGCCGCGUGCACCAUCGUGUGGGGCGUCGUCGGCCUGGCCGUGUUCUGGGUGCUGAACACGCCCCGGACCCUGCGAGCGGCGGGCUACUACUCGUUCGCCUCGUUCGCGUCCAUCUUCUCGGCCGUCAUGAUCACCAUGAUCGACGUCGGCAUCGAGAAGCCCAUCGGCACGACGAGCCUGGAGGUGUCGCGCACCAUCGGCUUCACCUCGGCCUUCCUGUCCGUCACCAACAUCGCGGUCGCCUUCAGCGGCCACUCGUGCUUCUUCAGCGUCAUGUCCGAGCUCAAGCAGCCCAACGACUGGCCCAAGGCGCUGAUGCUGCUGCAGCUCAGCGACACCGUCCUCUACAUCGUCGUCUCGGUCGUCAUCUACGUCUACGUCGGCCCCGACGUGCCCUCGCCCGCUCUCUCGGCCGCCGGGUCCGUCGUGGUCAGGAAGGUCAUCUGGGGCAUCGCCAUGCCCACCAUCAUCAUCGCGGGCGUCAUCUACGGCCACGUCGCGGCCAAGUACAUCUUCGUGCGCGUUUUUGCCGGCACCAAGCACGUCGCCAAGCGCACGACGCGCGGCUUCAUUGGCUGGCUUGGCGUCACAGCGGCGAUCUGGAUCGUGGCGUGGGUGAUCGCCCAGUCGAUUCCCGUCUUCAGCAACCUGCUCGGUCUCGUGUGCGCGCUAUUUGCGAGUUGGUUCUCCUACGGCAUCCCCGGAGCGCUGUGGCUGUGGAUGUACUACGGCGAGUGGUUCGCGAGUCGCAAGAGGAUCAUGCAGUUCUUGGCCAACGCUCUGUUGGUGCUGGUGGGACUGGUGCUGUGUGCGCUCGGUUUGUGGUCCUCUGGUGAGGCGAUUGCGCAGGACGCUGGCAGGCAGCCGUGGUCUUGCGCGAGCAAUGCCGCCUAGACAGAUACUGCGUGUUUUGUUGAUCUUUUCAAUCACAGUCGACAUGUUACUUUCUGACC